AUGAUGUUUAAACGAAUUUUUAGAAGAUUUGUAAAAGAUGCUAUUCUUCCACGUUUUCGUCGAUCUCUUGAAGAAAUGUUAUUACUUCCAAGUUAUUAUGUAAUAAGCGCUGUGCAUGAAGCCGUAACUUCUAUUGAAAAUGUCAUUGAUAAAAAAAUAGCUGAAAGUUUGGAAAAUAAUGAAGUUAAUAUUCGAUUUUUGAGACCAAGAAUUUUACGCCUCAGUGGAAACCUACUCUUCAAAUCUGACCUGGAGAAAAAGUUUGCAACUGUGGUAAACAAUAUGUUUAAAGUCAGCUUUCUUUUAUAUGAAACCUGGAGAGCAAAGGAGAGUGAGGGAUCAGCUUGGCGUGAGACUUUACUCAAUUAUCUUCGAGAUACAGUGAUACACUUAACAGAUACUGAUGGUUUCGAUUCAAUGUCAGUAGUUUCUCAAGCUCAUAAUCAGGCAGUUUGGGAAAUAAUUAUUUCCAUAGUUAAACGAAAAUGUUCAGCACGAACAGGAAAAAUAGUUCUGGCUGAAAAUGCAGUGCGGUGUGGACGCGUUGCUGAUUGGACUGUGAAAAUAGGAUUAGAAAAACUAAAGCCUGCAGAAUCAACACUUAGACAAAUGAUGGAAAAAAGCUUCGUCAUUGCGCUUUCUGAAAGGAUUUAUGAUCUUGUAAUUAUUGAAUAUCCGGAUUCUACUGGGGUGAUCGAUGAUUUGCGUUAUUGUAUGAAUAAUAAUGAUGGUUUUGGACGAAAAUUAUUAAUGGAUAAUUUGACAAAAGAUGUAGAGGAAAAAUUGUUGCAAGUUGGCGUUGGAACUACCGAAAUAUUAGAAGGAUACGCUAGCGCAGUAGAAUGCUUACGUCUUCUCGAUCCAAGUUGUGUAAUUAUGCAACAUAUAUGUUCUAUUAUAAGACAGUAUAUUAAGCAAAGACCCGAUACAGUUCGAUGUAUAAUAACUUACAUAACUGGUGAGAAAAGAGAAGAACUUAGUGAGCAAUUGGCAAUGAGAAGAACGGCUUUCCUAGACGAAGAAGAGUUGAUGGGAGUAAAUGAUGAACUUGUGCCGGGUUCAGAAGAAUCAACGGAUCAAAAACCGUUGUUUACUUCAAUAAAAUCAGAUUGCGGUUGGAUGAAGUGGCUACCUGAUCCACCUGAUGCAAACCCUUCUCAGAGCCGUCGUUAUCGACAAAACGCUGAUGUUUUUAACAUGCUAGUAUCAGUUUAUGGAAGCAAAGAAAUUUUCGUGAAGGAAUAUCGUGAACUGCUUGCUGAGCGACUUACGAAGUCAUGGAAUAGAGAUCCGCAAUUUGAGCAACGCUACUUGGAGCUUUUGAAGCUGCGUUUUAGUGAAGGAGAAUUACAGCAGUGCGAAGUAAUGUUGAAAGAUAUGCGUGAUUCGGAGCAGAUGGAUCGCUUAGUAGAGCAUUCAUUACCCUUUCCAAUAAGUGCACGAAUCAUAUCAUCUUUUUUCUGGCCAAAGAUCGAAAAUGAAAAGUUUGUGAUGCCAUCGGAAUUGACUUGUGGACUAAAUGAGUAUGCUCGAGGAUUCGAAGCUCAUAAAGGAUCACGAAAGCUAGAAUGGAUGAGUUCUGUUGGUUUGAUUGAAUUGGAAAUAGAAUUAGAUAAUGUAAAAGUAGUAGUUAGUGUGUCCCCAGCACAUGCUGCAGUUUUAUCGCUGUUUACGAAAAAAGAAUCCUGGACUAUUGAUGAAAUAUCCGUUGAGCUGAAAAUGGACAAGCGGAAUGUUAAGAAGAGAUUGGAAUGGUGGCAGAACAGUGGAGUGGUAUAUGCUUUUGUAGGAGAAGGUGAAGCUAAAACAUGGAAUCUUGCAAGUGGAACAUCAAAAAUGUACCGUUUACAAGCUGAACAUGAUACGGAAGAAAAUAUAUCAGACGAGGAAAAAAAUGAAGAUACGGAAGCUGUUGAUGCAUUAGAGCAAUACUGGACUUACACGAAGAGUUUCAUUACCAAUCAAGAGCCCGUCAAGGCAGAACGACUUCACACUAUUUUCAGAAUGUUUGCAAGUCCAGGUCAACAUGGGCCUACUUUGGAAGAUGUGGUUGCAUUUUUGCAAAGAAAAGUCAAGUUAAAUUUACUAUCUUGCACAAAUGGUUUAUACAAAGUUGUCAGAGAUGCACCGGCUCAAUAA